GCUCGCGCAGCGAAACAGCCAAUGGCGAUGCAGAAGGGGCGGGUGCAGCGUUGCCAUGGCAACGGGCCGGACGGGUGUAGGGCGGGAAAAGCGAGAAAAGGUCGCCGAUGGCCGAGCCCCGCCCGGGCCCUCCCAGUGCUCCCAGUUGCCCCCUCCCAGUCUGGAGGGGCUCAUCCCCCCGUCCCACUUUGUGCUGCGCCCCAGGUCCCUGGGGGUGGAGCUUGAGGCAGAAAGGGGGCGUGUCCAUGAAUUGGAGGCAGAGCUGAAAGCGCUGAAGGGGCGGAGCCAAUGCCUGGAGGCGGAGCUUGAGGCAGAAAGGAGGCGGAGCCAACAGCUGGAGGUGGAGCUUGAAGCAGAAAAGGGGCGGAGCCAACGGCUAGAGGCGGAACUUAAGACAGAAAGGGGGCGGAGCCAGGUGCUGGAUGCAGAACUCGAUACCCUGAGGGGGCGUGGCCAGCGAUUGGAGGCGGAGCUGGAUGCAGAGAAGGGGCGGAGCCAAAUCCUGGAGAUGGAGAUGGAGACCCUGAGGGGGCGGGGCCUUGGCCCAGAGGGGGCGGAGCCAAGCCCAGAGCAGGUGCUGCUGGGCCGCUGGCGCCAGAAGGUUUUCCAGCUGCUGCUGCGGGUGAGGCUGCAACGGGGCCAGGAGCUGCGGCUGCAGGGACAGGUGCGCUCCCUGGGCGCUGCAGUGGCCGCCGGGUCCCGCCAGGUGUCGCUGUUGGAGCUGCGGCUGCGCCAGGGGGAGCAGGAGAGACAGGCCCUGUCCCAGGAGUGGCUCCGGGCGGAGGCGGCCGAGGAGGAGCUGGGGAAACUGGGCCAGGCCCUGAGCCGGCUGUUGGGGACACUGGGCGUGGCCCUGGCCGAUGUCACCGCGGCCGUCGUGGCCCUCGGGACCCUCAGUGAGCGCCUGGGACAGGCCCAGCACCGACUGCAGGUGCUGGUGGCCUCGGGGCGGCUCCGGUGGCAGCGGGAGCCUGAGGGGACAGCAGGGGACAGCAGCACUGUGGCCCCAGAGGUGACAUUGGAGAAGGUGAGGGGGUGGCACCGAGGGGACACCAGGGGUGGCUCUGUCCCCAGGGUGUCACCCCCAUGUCCCCCCAGACCACCAAGGGUGGGGACAGGACCCGGCCACGCCCGGGCACAGUGUCCCUGGCCCCGUUGGUGACACAGCUCCAGGCCCUCGGUGCCGCCAUCCUUGGGGACAUCGGGGACCCUGCAGUGCCAGCGCCCCCGUGGGGACACCGGUGACAUCAUCGGGGACACAGGUGACAUCAUCAGGGAGCGGUGGCACUGCAGGGACAGAGAUGAUGUCACUGUGGAGGUGGUGACGUCACUAUGGUGAUGUUGAUGAUGUCACUAUGGUGGUGAUGACAUCAUGGCUCUGCCCCAGCCCUGGCUCGGUGUCACUUUGUCCCCGCCCAGCCCCUGAUGUCCCCAAAGCCAACAUGAUCAUCCCAGAGGGUCCCCAAAGAGUCCCUGAUGUCCCCAAGGAGGUUCUUUGGUGUCCCCAACGCCCCCCCAGUGCCCUCCAGGUGUCCCCACAUGUCCCAGGAAUGUCCCCAAUUCCCCCAGGGCGUCCCAAGGUGUCCCAAGGUAUCCCCAGCCCCUCCCAGUGUCCCCAACCCUGCCCAAAGUGUCCCCAAAGAUGGACAGGGGAACAGAAGUUCCCAUGGUAACAGAAAUCCCGCCCAUCCUGUGCUGCCAUUGGCUGCUGUGCUCGGGACUGAGAGCGCUGAUUGGCUGGCUUUGGAGGGAGUGGGGCUAAACGUGGAACUGGGCCUGAACCAGUACAGACUGAACUGGGAACUGGGAUAAACUGGGACCAGUGCUGAACUGAGACCAGAGCUCCAGACUGGUCUGGGAGCCACUGUGCUCACUCACAGACCCAGCACUGGUUUGUACUGGUUCGUGCUGGUCCAUAUUCCUCCACAGUGAUUUAUACUGGUCUGUACUGGUUUGUACUGGUUCAUACUGGUCCACACUGGUCCAUCGCAGUCACUGGCCAUACUCCAGCCCCCCUGUGUGCUUCCUGUGCUCUCCCAGUGGUGCCUGAGCUGCAAGCGCUGGUGGCAGCGGCCACAGGGGAAUGGCUGCAGGGGAAUGGGCACA